AUGGACAUGGACGGAGCUAACCAAGACCGGCUGUCAGGCUGCGGCGAGGAAUGCGACGCGGAGGGCUGCGAGUGCGGGGCGGACGGCUGCGAGGAAUGCGAGUGGUGGAGGCUGCACUGCUACUGGAGCCACGCCGGCGACCACCCGAGGCAGUUCUCCCUCGUCCCCGGUGACGAUUUCACGGACCAUAUGCGCAUACAACCGCCGGUUGCGAGCCAUCUGAGGAACUUGAUCACCGAGUUUGAGGAGAUCCAUCUUGAAGCUCCUGAUGGCCGCGGCUACCCUGUUAAAAUCGGUUGGGAGUUUGGUGAAAUUGUUCUUAGGUCUGGAUGGCCCGACUUUGUCAAGGCGCAUCACAUAGAACAAAACUACUCUGUCUGGUUCGUGUACCGUGGGAACUCCAGUUUCAAGGUUCACAUAUCCAGUUCAUCCGGUCACGACAACUCUUCUCCACCACCUCCUCGUGAUCGUCAUGUGCUGAAUGAACAAGUGGUGCCUGAUCCUGCACAUGUUCAGACAUCAAUCGGCCUAGACUAUACCGCAUUCCCUGGGACCUGCGUAAGCCAUGAACAAGACAAUAAAGUGCUAGAACUAGCUCAGAGCAGCGUGGGAUCUGAAUUUCGUCUGCAUGUGGCAGCUGUGAUCAAAAGAAAUGCCAACAGGGACUGCCAUGUUUACAUACCAUUGACGCUUUUGGACAGUUUCAAAGAGGGGAUAACUGAAGCUCCCAUUCAGCUCAAAGCCCAUGGCAAGGGCAUGAUAUACGUUGUUGGCGCAAGCAAGCAUGGUGAUGACCAAGUAAUCCUCCAAUCUGGGUUGAGUCGUUUUGUAGCUUGUCACCGCAUGCAAGACAACGACCUCCUCGUCUUCAGAAGGAACGGGAAAGCCCACCUCGAAGUUCUUGUCCUUGACCCAAGCGGUUGUGAGAAAACCUGUUUUGACACAGGAAACUAUUCAAACGCGAGAGAAGGCCGUUGGGCUAAAUCAGGACUCCAAGCUCGCGAGUCUAAUGAAGCCGGUUUAGAAGCUCCUAGGUCCAACAAUUACAUAUCAACCGGGCCCCCUCUACAUAGCCAACAGGAAGCGAAAGUCGAAGAGAGGGUCCGGGCAAUUGGUUCCGUAUUUCCUGUGUUUGUGAAAGUGAUUACCUUCAAUGAUGUUGCUACCGUGUACUUGGGCAAGGACUAUGCUUCGGCAUGUCUCCUGACCCGGCCAGGACGCCUCCGGCUCCUUCUGGAGGGUGACGAGAGGGAUUGGGACUGCAGAUUGGGCUUGAGGAAAUCUAACAAAACUUGGUGGAUCGGCAAAGCCUGGAUGAAAUUCACCUUGGAUGUCGGGCUGGAGGAAGAUGACAUCUGCCUCUUCGAACUGACCGACACGAGCAGCCUCACGAUGAAGGUCCAUGUGAUCCGCAAGUCGGAUAUACCGGCGCCAUCAGAGAGUUAA